AUGGCUGAAUUAGUUGGUGAAGCGCUUCUCUUUGCUUUCCUUAAUCCGUUGGUUGAAAAGUUGGCUUUGGAGGUUGAGGACUACUUCAAAGGAAAACAAGCCAUUCUUAAGCUAGUGAAGGAGUUGAAGACUAUGUUGUCUUUGGCUGGUCUACUGCUUAUUGAUGCUGAGGAGAAGCUGAUCAAAGACCAAGCAGUGAAGAAGUGGCUUGAUGAUCUCAAGGAGACGAUUUACGAUGCCGAUGACUUGGUUUAUAAGAUCGACACUAAAGAGUUGCGAAGAAAAUUGAAAGGCGAAUCUCAAAGCGGCUGCACUUGUAAGGUACUUAUGAAACUCAUCCCAACUUCUGUGACUGCUUUUGAAAAGGCUAUAAAACUUGAGAUAGAAGAUAUAGUUGGGAGAUUAAAACUUCUUAUAGAGAAUAAAGAUCUUGGUUUGAAACAUAUAGAAAAGUUGAAGAUUCCGAAGAGAGUAGUUGCUCCUUUGCUAGAAGAAUCUGAUGUUUAUGGAAGGAAUGAUGAGAAAGAAGCUAUUAUUAAGUUGCUACAUUCAAAUGACGCGGCUGAUGGUGACAAAUUUUCUGUGAUUCCCAUAGUUGGGAUGGGUGGUAUUGGAAAGACAACUCUUGCUCAAAUUGUAUUCAAGGAUGCGAGAGUCGAUGAAAAUUUUGAUACCAAAGUAUGGAUCACGAUGGGAGAUGGUAAACUUGAUUGCAUGAAAGUGAUGAAACUAAUUUUUGAGAAAGUCAAAUAUGAGAAAUGUGAAAUUGAGGAGCCAUAUGACCUUCAAGAUGAAAUAAAGAAAGCCUUGAGUACAAAGAAGUUUCUAUUUGUUGUGGAUGGUGUUUGGGAUGAGGAUCCUACUAAGUGGGAAUAUCCGACGUUGAUGGUUUGGAACUAG